GCAUUUAUGUUAUUUUGGUUUGUAAAUUUUGGUUAUCGCAUCGUGACAAAGAAUGUUAUUAAAGGUUUUGUCCAUCUGUUUUUCUUUAUUUGGCAAGUAUCGUCCCGGCAAUAUGGCUCCUGGAACUAGACAAAGUAGAAAAAAGAAUGAAAGCCAAAGAAGAACUAGAAUUACCCAUGAAUUUCACAGCAGACUCACAAUUGAAAGAUCUACACAAUCUCAUUGGGGUUGGUAUAAAACUUCCAGACAUUUCACUUAGCACCGAAACAUGGAUAACGCUGAUUGAACAGUUUUUAAUGUUGAUACUCAUUAUUGGUAGAUGGAUGCUGCCCAAAGGAGAUCUGACCAGAGAUCAGCUCAGUCAAUUGCUGCUUGUCUAUAUUGGAACUGCGGCCGAUAUAAUCGAGUUUUUCGAUUCGUUUAAAGAUGACAAGAUCGCAGCCGAACCAAUUUUGGUACUUCUGACUCUAGCUAUAUGGUCAUGGAGCUUGAUGCAGUUCACUGUGGUUUUAACUGCCACAAAAUCAAGAAAAUCUCGACUUACCUCUACCAAAUCAUCAAUCAAAAAAUCAGAAAGUUGUUGCACCAUAGACGUUUGGGGCAUAGCUCUCAACAUCACCCUCCAAGACGCACCUUUUCUGGUGUUUCGACUGCUCCUCAUCACCCACUUCCAAAUUAUAUCCUACAUGAACGUGUUCUUCACGUGUAAGAACACCUUGGUGAUCCUGCUUCAAAUCUACAGACUCUACGUUGUCUACAGCGAGCAUAACAAGAAAGAGGAUGACGUGGAGCUGACUGACAUUUCUAUCAUCUCCAAGGGCGAUGUUUAUAGUGGUAGUAGGAAAGGAAAUAAGGGAAAUUAUAAGGAGAAAGUUAGGAAGGUGAAAAGCAGUAGAAGAGUGGAGUCUAGUGAUGAAGGGGAUAGUGAAGAUGGCAGUAGUAAAAAGAAAAAAGCAAAGAGCUUGAGAAAAGACACUGGUUACUCUACUGGAAGUUCCCAUACCAGCACCAAACACCCCAAAAAACCUGUUGAAUCCAGAGAAGUACCUCCCGACCAAAAAAAGGUGAACAAACAAAAACUAAGACGCUCAGACAAAGAAACGAAAGGCAGAAAAAAACUGGAAGAAGUUCUUUCCGAAGAAGACCAAUCCAGCGAACAUUCCUCUUACAAACCGAAGCAAAAAGAGAAGCUGCGGAGCGACAGAUCGCAAAGGAGUUCGGAAAAACGAAAACAUGAAAAGGAGACGGUGGUUUCUAUUAGUACCGGCGACACGUCAUCGUCUUCCACCGACUGACGCCAUCAACUGGCCAUCAUGGCGAUUUUCUGCUUGUACCUCUUUAUAUUUGUCUGUUGCCUGUUCUUUAUCUACUGCGGCGUGGCUUCGGAGGGCUUAGUCAUAGCCAAAGUCAACAGGACAAAUAAAACUGUCAUUUGAGGCGUUGAAAUCGGGUUAGAAACAAUGAAUAUACUGAGCGUGUCAAUUUGAUAUUGAUUGAUAGCUUUCUAGAAGGCGAACGAAGUUGUGGAAUACCGAAAUGAGGCAGUUAUUGAUUCAAAUGAAAAUUUGGAAAUUUUGAUCGUUUUUUAAUCUUAAGUUUUAGAAGAUAUAAAUGUAGAUCUAUGCUAGAAAUAUUAGAAGAAAGAACCCUUAAUGGUUCUAUACAAAAAUGGGCUAAUACUUUGUAUAUAUUUCUAAAAGUUCAGAAUUUUAUUGUUGGAGGAAUAGAGAAUGUCUAAUAUCUACUAAAUACAUCGCACAAUUUUAGAAACAAUGUGAUUAUAGUUUUUAUAAUUAGCAGUUGAACAAGUAGUACCAUACGAUCGAAAAACGCUUGCUUUUUUUUGGUCGUUUUUUUCAUAUUUAAUUAGCAUGAUACCACCGCAUACACCAUAGGCGUAGUCAAAACAUUUAUCAAAAAUAUAAAUAUAUUAUCUUCAAACGGCUAUGUUAAAAAAUAUGUGCCACGGCACUGUUUGGUGGUAUGGUAACAAUUUGUUAUUCGUCCUUGUAUUCUUAAUUAGUCAUUUGUGUUGACCAACCAACCAACCAUGGUCAUGUUAAAACACUACUUCACCAGUUCUAAUCUCAAGACUUUUAUUUUGACAUUUUAACGAGUAUUAUAUGGACAAAUAAAAUACUCGAUUAGUUUUUAUGGAUAAUAAAAAGUUUAAUAAAUACUUUAUAAAAUAAUGUUGUAUAUGCCUUACUAAAUGAUUAUAGUUACUAAUAAAACAUAAACUUUU